AUGAGCAAUCAGGCAAAGGUUUUGGAGCCAAUUGCUUUGAAUGGGCAACCUUCUAGACGUGUUGCAUAUUUUUAUGAUUCUGAUGUUGGAAAUUAUGCAUAUGGCGCUGGUCAUCCUAUGAAACCUCAUCGUAUUCGAAUGACUCAUUCUCUGAUUAUGAAUUAUGGAUUAUAUAAAAAAAUGGAAAUAUAUAGGGCAAAACCAGCAACAAAGCAUGAAAUGUGUCAAUUUCAUUCUGAUGAUUAUAUUGAAUUUCUUUCUCGUGUAACUCUUGAAAAUAUGGAUAAUUAUAUUAAAGAACAAGGAAGAUUUAAUGUUGGUGAUGAUUGUCCUGUUUUUGAAGGGUUAUUUGAAUUUUGUGCUAUCAGUGGAGGAGGGAGUAUGGAAGGUGCUGCGAGACUUAAUAGAGGUAAAUGUGAUAUUGCUUUGAAUUGGGCUGGUGGAUUACAUCAUGCAAAAAAAUCUGAGGCAAGUGGAUUUUGUUACGUGAAUGAUAUUGUUUUAGGCAUUAUUGAACUUUUAAGGUAUUAUCCUAGAGUUCUUUAUAUUGAUAUAGAUGUACAUCAUGGAGAUGGCGUAGAAGAAGCAUUUUAUACAACUGACAGAGUAAUGACAUGUUCAUUUCACAAAUAUGGUGAAUAUUUUCCUGGAACAGGGGAGCUUAGAGAUAUUGGUGUUGGAAAAGGGAAAUAUUAUUCUGUUAAUUUUCCUUUGCGUGAUGGUAUUGAUGAUGAAUCAUAUGCUUACGUUUUUGAACCAGUUGUUUCUGCAUGUAUGGAAUGGUAUCGCCCAGGUGCAGUUGUCCUACAAUGUGGAGCAGAUAGUCUUGCAGGUGAUCGUCUUGGUUGUUUUAAUUUGAGUAUGAAAGGGCAUGCUUCUUGUGUUAAAUUUGUUAAAAAAUUUGGUUUACCUACAUUAGUUUUAGGUGGUGGUGGAUAUACAAUGCGAAAUGUUUCUCGAACAUGGACAUAUGAAACUGGUUUAAUUAAUGACGUUGAAAUAGGGCCUGAGAUGCCAUUUAAUGAUUAUUAUGAAUAUUAUGGGCCUACUUAUGAGCUUAAUGUUCCUGCAAGCAAUAUGCAAAAUAUGAAUUCAAAAGAAUAUUUGGAAAAAAUAAAAGUAGAAGUUUUAAAAAAUCUUUCAAGAACAAAAUUUGCUCCUAGUGUACAAAUGCAAGAUGUUCCUCGAGAUAGAGAUAAUAAUUGUGAAGAUCAAGAAGAUAAUUAUGAUAAACGCAAAAUUUUUUUAUGGAAUAAACCUCAACGUUCUGAUGAAUUCAGUGAUUCAGAAGAUGAAGGUGAAGGAAAUCGUCGCAAUAUUACUAUUUCGGAGUCUUUAAACACAAGUUCAAAUUCUUCAGAAGAUUUUUCUAGGGCUCUUAAUUCUGAAAGUAAAGAACUUGAGAAUAAUUUGGAACAUGAUAAAUCUGUGAAAACUAAAUAUAAUACACAGAAUAUUAAAAUAGAAGUGGGAACUACUGAUUAUCAAUAUAAGAAGCAGAUGGAAGAUAACGUAUCUAGUUUUGUAGAGCCUGUAGUAGCUAUAAAUACUAUAAAUAAUACAGUUAUGAGUGAUACUUCGAGGUCUACAUCGUAA